GGGAGGGUCGGUAUGAGGAAGACGGCGAUCCCUCAGCUUUAGUCUGUUAUUUGUGUUGUUGUUUUAACGAGCCUGAGUGGGACAUCGGCGUCCCGUGCUAUUGAUAGGCCGGGAGGCGCGGAAUAGAAGGGAAGGGGGGCUUGUUUGCUUGCGCCAGCUUUAGUUUCGAUGGGGGCUUCCCUCCUUUCGCCAGGCCCCGGCCCCAGCGGUUGCCUUGGCUACGAGGCAAACCCGCUCUCUUGCAUCCCCCUUACCCUCCCGUCGCUGCCGCCGCCCGCCCCAACAACUCUGGCUCUCCCCGCGGGUUCCCCUCCCACCGCCCAGUCAGCCGCAGACAUGGCAGCGGCCGCUCGGAGAGUCAGUGCUGCGGUGGUGACUCGGACAACGACGAUGGCGGCGGCGAUGAGGGAAGGUCACAGGAAUAAAUAAGAGUCACCCCUCCACUUCUCCUGUUCCUCCUCCUCUUUCCCUCCCUCUCCUUCCCCUCUCUUUACCUUGCCAUCCCCGAAUAAUGUGGAAACUCAGCAAGAGCGGCAAAGUUCUCCUGGAUGAUUCUCCUGAGGAGGAGAGCCAUCUGCAUGUUUCACCGCCUCCACCUACACCAGCAGCCACCUCCUCAGUCCAGAAUAAAGAUUCAUGUCUUCAUGAUGAAGUUACAUCCUCUGUUUCACAGCUUGCAACAAAGGUCCAAGGUGCAGGUUUUCGGGGUUGGAAAGAAGUAACAUCCAUAUUCAAUAAGGAUGAUGAACAACAAUUACUAACUGGAUGUAAAUCUCCAAAAUCUAAAGUAACGAGUUUAAAAUCAAAGGAGGAUGUGAAAUCAGAAAAGAAAGCUGGGUUUUGGGACAGUUUGGUUAUAAAACAGAACAUCCAGUCCAGGAAGCCAGAUGAGAUUGAAGGAUGGGAGCCUCCACAGAUCUCUGCCAGUGAUCACCUCAACAAUGCAGGAAAUACUUUAAGUGACUAUCCAUCUUGGCCAGGUUGGGAAGAUGAAACCAAAGGCUCCACAAAAUACACAAACCUGGCAAGCUCAGGAAAUAGUUCAAGGUGGAGUAUCAAAUCAGCUGGAAGGCUGGUUAGCAUAAGGCGACAAAGCAAAGGCAACCUUACUGAUAACUGGGAAGAACUAGAAUGACACACUGAAUGUGCAAUGUUCUAUAAAGGAUGGUAGGUGACACAGUUUAUGUAUACCUUCAAACCAAAAUCAAAACUGCUUAAUAUUGCACCUUUACAGAAUAGUAUUCACAUUGUCCAAUAGUUGCUCACCUUAUAGUAAGUUUUCUAGUUCUUAACAUUUUCCACAUUGAACAAAGUCAAGCACCGACUCUGUGCCUAUAUUUCACCAUUCAUAUUCUACAGCAUUUAGGUUUGCUCUUUAACAACAAACACACACAAUUUAAUGAAUGUAUACACUGGUUGGAUAUUUGAUUGCCUUACAUAGAGAACUUCAAACUACAGAAGUUCUUAUUUCCUUAUUUUGGACAUCAUACAUUUAUAUUUUGAACGCUGUUCUGGUUGUGUGAAAGUGCUGAUCUGCAGCUUGACACUGCAUUGUUUCAGCUUCAUACAUUGCUGUACUUGUCCUUAGCAUGAAUGUGUGACUCUCUGACUGGAGAGUCAGAGAUCCUGCAUUUUUCCUAAAGUACUGAAUUGUACAUAAAUUGUAAGAACUCCACACUCACGUAUCUUCCAUUACAAAAUCUUCACAAAUGAGUAAAAUAAGGCUUCCAUGUAUUAUGCUGAUUGAUCUACAAUACAUCUAAAACAGGUUUGCAAUUAUCCUAAACCGCAUAAACACAGAUGUGGUGACAGCAAACUUGAUUUAUGUAUUCCCUACGUGCUAUAGUAGACACCAAAAGCAGCUUGCAUAUGGUUGGUCUUCUCCUUGCAGUAACAACAUACAAAAGGCCCUCAUCACUCCAGUAACCUGGAUCACAUGGAUACUUCCCAUGCCAGUGGUGAUUCUCAAAUGGGUCUUUGUACACUUUACCACUAUGGCAUGGAGCCCACCUACAUGGAUAUGGAUGUUUUCACUAGCUACUAUGUCAUUUAGGAAAUGUAGGAAUCAGGCCUGAGUUUCAGAAAAUUCAGCCAGUGCAGAAACCUUAUCAGUUUAGGAGGCACAUUGCUUUUUUACUUUUAUCCUUCUUCUCCUCAAACUACAUGAUCCCAUGUUGCUUUUUUGCCGGAUUUGUUGAUGCUGUCUCAGCAUUUACAGAGUAAUAGUAGUUGGCUAACAAGGGUUAUUUAAGUAUGUGUAUUUGCUGUUAUGAGAUUCAGUCUUAUUGGUUGCUGCAAUUUUUUAUUAAUAGCAUAUUGCUAAGCAUUAUAGUGCAUAUGGGAAAUUGGAAAUGUAUUAUAGGUAAGACAUAGGGUAUGUCUCCUCUCGCUCCCCAGUUGAGUAUUUUCACAUACUCAUUUUAAUUUAGAAUUAUUCAAUUUAUGAGACUGGAGUGACAUAAGGACACUGUAAUUCAGUGUGCUGACAUACUACUGUGACAAGAGAAGAACUCCAGUACAACAUCAUUUGAACAUCCUCUUUUAGUUACAAAACAAAAUAUACGUGUCUUUUUUUCAUUUGCCAUAGCCAAAUUCUAACAUCAAACUGUGUGCUUGAGAUAUUGUACAAGAUAAUAUUUGUUGCAGAGGAAGACAAUUUUUAAUGGCCAGAAUAACUGAGCAUCAAGUUCUUAUGGCUAGGCUUUAUGUACAGCUUCCCUCAAUGUCUGGAGAUCUAAGUGGCUAAGAAUGAUUUUGCUAGCAGAAGGAAAUCUAACACCAACCCCACUUGGAGGAAAAUAGCACGCUGUCAGUAAUAGAGGGAAUAUAAUACACGGGAGUCACCAUAGAGCCAUCUGCUCAGCUAACUACUACUAUUACUGAUUUGAAUAGAAAGAAAAUGUCAAAAGUGCCUUGUUCUAUAAUACCGCACUAUAAAUGCUCAGACUUUUUCAUUUCUUCCUUGCUGUUCCUUUUGGACGCUUGUUUAAUUUCUGACUUUGAGAUUCUGUGAAAUGAACGUUACUCCGAGAUGCUAGAGUAUUUCUUUUCCUCAAGUUAUGAACCUUUACUCGCCACUGAUGCUGAGCCUUUGUACCACUGAUUAUGUAAUCACCUUAUUCAGCAAUAUGGACAUCUUUUUAAAAGUUCAAGUUUUGCUUCCAACGUCCAGCAGCUUUUAAACAAAAUGAAAGAUUUUAUAACUUUUUAAUAGCCCAUUCCAUAUAAAGGAUUGUCAUCCAGUGGUGACUCAGCUAAUGGUAAGGGUUCUGUCAGUGGAACAGGGAGGAAUCUUCAGCUGUUCCCCCUCUCCUAUGCUAUCCCCCUAACUCUGCUCUGGAGGGUGCCCCAAUCCUCUGGAACACAUUUUGGGUCUGUGGACGAGGGCUACAGGAAGUGGUGGAAUUGCAAAUAAUUGCUUCACUCGCCAUUCUACUGAAGGAAGCCUUACAGUUCACUGAGUGACACUGGUGGAUGCAACCCAGAGAUUUUACAGUACAACAGAAUAAAGGAUUAUUAUAAGAUAUAUUGGCCUGUCUCCCAUCUCCUCCAUGACUCCCCCCCUCUUCCACAGUCUCCUUCAGCAGUAAAAGCUCUCCAAUGCCUUUGAAUGUGGCAUUGGUCCUAUCUUCCUGUUCCUGCCCCAUUUUUAGAAACUCCUGUUCCAGUAGAAGCUUGCAAUCUUGAGACUUACGCGGACUGCAGGAUUCUGGGACUAGAUUGCCACAACCAGAGAGCACUUGUGUAACAAGAAAGCCAUCCUCCUGUUAUAUUCAAGUGGUCUGCAGCAUGAAAUUGUGUUAUUAGCCCACUGCUUCUUGCUUUUCCUGUACAGAUAUGUAUUUGGAAACCAUUGGUAUUUGUGCUAUUUUAGUGGGAACCUAGAAAUGGCAUGUAUCUUUUCAAAUACCAACCUGAACAUGAUUGCUGUGGCAAUACAAUAUUUUGCUGAAGGAGGGUUGGGAUCUCGAACUAUUGCAUAACUGAAUCUGUAUUGAAAAAUACAGAUUUGGAUAGGCAAGUUAAAAACCAACAGAAGGUGCAACCCAGUCAAAGUUGACCACAUUUAAGUCUUGUUCAGUUGAGUGGAAGAGUUAAAUGCAUGUUUAACUUUUACCCAUUGAAAUCAGGAAGAUUUAACACAACUUAACUUGGGUUAGAUCAUGCCCUGAAUGUUAUGUCUUGGAUGUAAUUGCAGACUAUAGCCAUUUUCUUUAUGCAAAGAUUUCUCUAGUUUACAGUUCAUGAAGGGCCUUCAUACAGCAGAAGCUGAAGUGUAGUAUGGUGGCACUGAGCUCUGUCAUGGAAAGAACCUCCAGAAGUGAUGGGGUGAAGGUCAGGAGCUCCAUGUUUACCAUCUGUGGAAGCUUUUUUAUAUGGUGAUAAGUAGCAGUUAUGCCUUGCAAAUUAUACUGUCAAGUGCCUGUACUUUACCUCAAUUACAUAUUUGUGGUGCACAGCUUAAUUCCAUGUGAAAGUAAUGUUCACACAUUUGUGCUGUAUUUAGAUAACCAGUGAAGACAAAGAAACAUCCACCAUUUUAAAUCCUAUGUGUUGAUUUAAGCUUUUAUAAUCUUAAGUGAUGCACUGCUGAAGUGGAUCUUAUGCUUUACCAGCAGGGCUGAUUUGGUUGAUUCUGUCCCACUUCUCAGAAAACAGUUCACUUUCCCUCUUAGUCAUGUGACAGGCAAACCUUUGCUACAGUGUGCACAAAACCAGCAGCUCACAAGGCAUGCCUAGUCCAGCUUCUUCCUCACCACCCAUGGUAUUAACUGCCAUGAAUUAUGGGAGCUCUGAGGGAAGCACUGACAGUCUGCUCCUGAGCUGGAGCCCUUCCCAAGCACCAAGAGGGCAUGUGUUGUCCUCUUGGUCUUGAUGUUGUAUCCUAUGUGCUAUGCACAGGUCCACAGGAUCCGGCCUUUGGCAGGAAUUUGAGAUACAUAAAAUAUAGCCUGAUUUUUAAGCUAUGGAAGAUUUUUACAAAACUGGGACACAAUCCAACAAAAUGUCUGAACUUUCAUACCUCAUUGAUUUCCAUAGCGUUUGAUGUGUUUGUUUCUCUCUCUCUGAUUGAAAUCAGUGAGAUGCAAGUGUCCUUCUUUGGCUGGAUCACACCCAUAUUUUACUAAAGCAUAAUUAUUUAAUUUUAAGAGCAGUGAUUACAUUUUAAUAUAAUUUAUUGUUGUGCUUUUGGAGGAUUAUUUGUUUGAAAUGAGUUUUUGUGGUAUUUUAUUUGUUGCAAAUUUUUAUUCUUUCUACUCUUUUAAAAUAUCACUUCAUAGACAUUAAUGGGCCUUCCUUUAAAAUGAUAUAUACCUUCUUUGCUUUGUAACCAUCUGAUUUUAUGGCUACUGGUUUUAAAGACACCAUUAUGAUUGUAUUCUAAGAUUGCACAUGUGUAACAAUUCAAAUUUUUAUGUUGCCUGUUCACUGCAUAUAUGCAUAAUUCUUGGCUUGAACUCAAUGAAGGUGAAAUGCUUUAUGUGGCUGCCAACUAGUCACAGUGCUCACAGUUCCUCUGGUAUUUUAUUAGUUUCACUUGAAAAAUAUAGUAUUUUCACAAAUAAAUAAAAAUUUAGUUGAAA